UCGUGUACCAGGCAAAAUUUUGUUUGGGUUGGUGGUUCUGCUCAUAGAAGUGAUUCAGAUGAUGAUGUUAAACACAGCUUUACCUGGACACAGAGUCUACACACCUAUCAUAGUGUGGGUUUACCUGUACAGUAUGGCCAUCACAACCGUCUCAUUGUUUCUUACAAUUGGCACAACUAUUCUGAGUUCGAAUGGCUUUUUUGGAAGACCCGUACCAUACUUCUUGAAAAAGUGUCUGCUAGACAAUGCCUUUGGACGUCUAUGUGGAGUAUCAGAAGCAUCAACUAUCAAUAAUUUCCCAAACCCAUUGCAUUUGGUUCCUAAAGGAGAUGACGAGAUCAACGGAGCAGAAAACAGUACAGUAGUGACAUCUUACAGUG